CAUCACUUCGUAAAAUUGAAAAUCCAACCAUGACGAAGCCAUUCCUGUUUGCACCAUUCUCCUUUCUCGCAAUCUCAUUCUUCCUCCUCCUGAACCCAACCGCCGCUCUCCCUGGACAUGAUUCCACCGCCGGCUCUAUGGUCAAGAAAAGCCAACGGACGAUCUUGGUCGAGACACAGUAUGGGCAGGUCUCGGAAGUUAACAUCUCUACCGGUGAAAAUGGGCCAUACCAUCUUGAGUUCAUCACACUGGACCCAAACUCCCUCUUUCUUCCCGUGCUUUUGCAUGCAGAUAUGGUGUUCUAUGUCCACACAGGAAGUGGAACGUUGAGUUGGGCUGAUGAUGAUGAAACAAAGACGGUUAAUCUCAGGCGAGGAGAUAUUUACAGGCUGCAACCAGGCUCUGUUUUCUAUGUUCAAAGCAACGUGGAUCCAGAAAUGGAGAAGCUUCGAAUUCAUGCGUUCUUCAGUAAUGCAGAUGACGCCUCUUUUGAGGCAUCAAUUGGAGCAUAUUCAAGCCUUGUCGAUCUGGUUUUCGGCUUCCACACAAAAACUCUCCAAUCAGCUUUUAAGGUUCCUGAGGAGGUUAUAGAAGCAAUGAGAAACACGACCAGGCCGCCGGUGAUAGUGCACGUGGCGUCGAAGAAGAGAAUGACUUUCAGGGAAUUGGAAGCUCGGUUCUUGAAAACCAUUCUAGGUGGAAACAGGGGUGACUUUUUCGACUUUGACAAUAAGAAGAAGAAGAAGAAAACAAAGGUAUAUAACAUCUUUGAGGCAGGGCCAGAUUUCAAGAACUGUUAUGGAUGGAGCGCAACAGUGGACAGCCAAGACUUGCGCUUCUUGAAGGGCUCAAAUGUUGGUGUCUUCAUGGUGAACUUAACAAAGGGUUCAAUGAUGGGGCCGCAUUGGAAUCCAAGUGCUACUGAGAUCGCAGUAGUGUUGCAAGGGGAAGGAAUGGUUCGGAUGGUUUGUUCGAGCAGGGGUAAACAAUCGAAAUGCAAGAACAUGAGCUUCAGGGUUAAGGAAGGAGAUGUGUUUGCAGUGUCGAGGUUCCAUCCUAUGGCUCAGAUGUCUUUCAACAACGAUUCAUUGAUUUUCAUGGGGUUCAGCACGACAACAAAGAAAAACUAUCCUCAGUUCAUAGCAGGAAAGAGAUCCGUUUUACAAGUUAUGGACAAAAGAAUAUUGGCUUUGUGUUUCAAUGUGACAAACACAACGCUUGAUCAGAUUGUGUCUCAACAGCAGGAUUCACUCAUAUUGGAUUGCACUUCUUGUGCUGAAGAGGAGGCAAGCAUAAUGGAGGAAGAAAUCCGAAGGGAAGAAAAGAAGGAAGAGGAGAAAGCCAGGAGAGAAGAGGAAGAAAGACAACAGAGGGAGAAAGAACAAGAGCAGAAACAAGAAGAGGAAGAAGCCAGGAAGAGAGAGAAGGAGGAAGAGGAAGCAAGGAAAAGGGAGGAAGAGGAGGCUAGAAAGAGAGAAGAGGAAGAGGAAGAAGAAGCCAGGAGACAAGAGGAAGAAAGACGACAGAGGGAGAAAGAACAAGAGCAGAAACGAGAAGAGGAAGAAUCCAGGAAGAGAGAGGAGGAAGAGGAGGCUAAAAAGAGAGAAGAGGAAGAGCAAGAAGAAGCUAGGCAAAGAGAGGAGGAAGAGGAAGCCAGGAGACAACAAGAGCGAAAACGAGAAGAGGAGGAAAGAGAGAAAAAGAUAGGAGAAGAGGAAGGGAAACAGUGGGAAGAAGAAGAAGCUAGUCAGAGGGCUGAAAAAAGGAGGCGAGAAGAAGCUAAAGCUUGGGAGCAAGAAGAGGUCAGAAAACAGGAAAAAGAAAGAAAAACGAUGGGAAGGGAGGAAGAAGAGAAAGAAGAAUGGGGAGAACCAGAGACAACGCUGAAACGCGGAGCUUUUUGGAUCUGAUCAAAGCACGUAAAUAUUGAAGUUUCCAUCCUGCACUUUUCCGUUUUCCACUUCCUGUUUAAGUUUUCAAGCUUUUUUUUUUUUUUUUUUGGUUUUACUGUCCUUUCCCAGUUUAAGUUUGAU